AUACGGAAUAGUUUUAGGGGAGGUGUUUUUUAGUUUAGGUAUGUUAUUUCUAUAGUUUAGACAUGUUACUUUUUUUUUAAUAUAAUUUUAGAGGAGGUACUUUUUUAGUUUAGAUAUGUUACUUCUAAAUUUAGAUUUGUUACUUUUUUUAUAUAUAGUUUUAGGGGAGGCACACUAUUGGUUUCGCGCUCGUCACACCAUCAAGUUGAUGUGUGAGUGUGACUGGUCUCACAGACACGCGCUGUUUGUUCUCUCUCCUGUUUCUGUCGUUGUUUGCGGAAUAAGAAACGAAAGAGAUGAAUAGAAAAUUUCUGGUCUUUCAUCCCUCCGUUCUCUCUUGAAAAUCUGAGUGUGGUCGUUGCUGCUGAUCUGAAUAGAUAAAUGCAGAAUUUGCAGCGACUUCGAACACUUAAAUCCUCAGUUUGGAGGUCGGUGGGCAUGCCGGAGUUGAAAAAACGAGCUUCAAAUUCAUGGUGCGCUGUUGAAGACACCUAUUAUUCAACCAAGGAUACAUUUGAGAGGCACAGGGUGGUGUUUACAGUUGGUACUUCUAUAGCAUCAGUUGGUACUGCUUGGCUUGGAUACACUUUUCGUCACCUUCAUGACACAAGAGUUGACAGAAGACUUGAUUCAAUUGAACAAGCGAUGAAAAGCAACUACCAAAUUGAAAGAGAGGAAAUUCAGAAGAUUGUAGGUUCAGGAAGUUAUAGCACUGCAGCUUGUGCUGCCACUGCAGGGACGACUCUUGUUAUUGGGUAUGCCUUGGGAUGGCGAGGUGGAAAAUGGUACACAAACAGAAAAUUCAGGAGGGAGCAGAUGAAGUUACUAGGACAGGUCAAACCCAGAAGAUGGAGAUUACUCAUUCAGGUGACAACAAAAGAUGGUUAUAUUCUCAGCUUGCAACGAAUUCCAACAGGCUUGACAAACUAUACACUUGAAGACAGCAAGCCACCAGUGCUUUUGCAGCAUGGUGUUUUAAUGGAUGGAGUCACAUGGCUGCUUAAUCCUCCAGAUCAAUCCUUGGCAUUCAUUUUAGCAGACAGUGGUUUUGAUGUUUGGGUUGCCAACUCCCGUGGCACCAAAUAUAGCCUCGGCCAUAUGACACUAAGCUUUAAUGACUCGGCAUAUUGGGAUUGGUCAUGGGAUGAGCUGAUGGAAUAUGAUCUUCCAGAAAUAGUCCAAUAUGUGUACAAUCAAUCUGGUGAACAGAAGCUGCAUUAUGUUGGACAUUCACAGGGAACAUUAAUAGCCCUGACUGCAUUUUCCCAGCAGAAGUUGUUGAACAUGGUGAAAUCAGCCGGCUUGCUCUGUCCAAUUGCUUAUCUUAGUCGAAUGACCUCCCCGCUUGCUAAAAAUGCUGCUGAAAACUUUGUAACUGAAUUUAUGUACUGGUCUGGACUACAUGAAUUUGUACCGCGUGGAGAGGCUGUAAUGACGCUUCUUAAAGAAAUAUGCAGGAAGCAGGGAAUUGACUGCACUGAUUUUUUGACGUCUUUUACUGGUGUAAACUGUUGCUUGAGUACAUCAACGGUUUCUACAUUUUUGCAGCACGAACCUCAGUCAACCGCUACUAAAAACAUGAUCCAUUAUUCCCAAAUGGCAAGAGACGGAACAAUAGCAAGGUAUGAUUAUCUAGACCCAAACAAGAACAAGGAACAGUACGGACAAGCUAAGCCCCCGGAAUAUGACCUGACAAAUAUUCCAAACAACCUCCCGUUGUUCAUUGCUCAUGGAGGAAGGGAUGAGCUUGCUGAUGUUGACGAUGUCAAGUUCCUGCUUGAUAACCUUAAAAAUCAUGAUAGGGACAAGUUUUUCCUUCAUUUCAUAGAAGACUACGCGCAUGCUGAUUAUGUACUGGCUAUGAAUGCUAAGGAAUUCGUUUAUGAUCGUCUCAUGGAUUUCUUCAGGAAAGUAGAUCAAUCUUAGCUAGGGAAUUCAUGGAUAUUGUGGUGGUUGUAUUCCAUCUUUCUAUACAUUUUGUGGUUUUUUUGA